AUGUGGAUUUUGAUUCAAGAUGGUCAAGAGCACUUGUUGAUACCGGGAAAGGUGUAUAAGUUGGGGAGAGGAUCACGAACAAGUGAACAAAGCAUUAUAGACUUUCAAUGUCCCCAGCCCUAUGUGUCAAAACUACAAUUGACAAUUUCGGUUGAUCAACCUUCAUCACAAGAAAUCCAAGAUCCAAAACACAUUUCAAGACUACUAAUUCAAAAUGUUGGUCAGGGAAAAGUUCAUUAUUCUGGAAAGAUCUACAAAGCGAAGAAAGAUCCCGUUGACAUUCCUGUGGAUUACAAUCAAGAAUCGGUCACUCUAGAGUUGGGAAACUUGACUAAAGAGUAUAUCUCCGUGCGGUUCAAAUGGGUCAACACGGUGCUCUGGUACAGUAGAUCCGAUAAUGAGGAUAGGCUUGACGAGUUGUUUCAUUUAGCAAGGAGCUUGGACAUCCGGUUAGUGACCAAUUACGUUGAUAAUGUUACAUUGUUUCUACAGGGAAGUCAACACACGAGCAAAUUGGCCAAAGCACUCAUAAAAGCAAUUCCGAUUGUGAAGUUUGACUAUUUAAAAGUACUAUUUGAGCGUAAAGGAAAGUUAGAAGACUCAUUUGAACUCCCAAAUGUUGAAAAUUAUGUUCCAGAGGCGACUCUUCGGUUUAAUAGGGGGAGAUACGAGUUGUUUCAAGGGCUGUAUUUCUUGGUUAGCAGAAAAGAUUCUCUUUUUCUGGAUUUUGUUGCCCUAGCAAAAGGAAAGCUUGUUGUUCUUGAUCUUGAAGAUCCCCCAGAAAUUCUCUCUGAGAAGUUCGGAUUGAAAAAGCUUGAUCCCCAAAAGAUAAUUUGUUUCAAGCCCAGUAAUGAAAUUGAAAGAGAAGAUGAACAUCAUAAGAUGAAGAAGUUGGCCUCAUAUUUAGGAGUCAAACUUGUAGGAAACCCUCAAGUCAUGGAAUCUAUUCUCAAAGUGGAUUCAUCCAUGUUAUUGACCAAAGAACCCCUGAAUUUAGAUAAAAAGCGACAAAUCUCUGAAGUUUCCCCACCGGAAACUAAUACCACACAACCAAAGAGAUCUAGGUUCAAAAGAAGAGAAAUCAAACCAUUGGAUGCGAUGGAGUUAUUGAGCCAGCAGGUUUUGUCUCAGCAGCAUGAAAAGAAGCCAAUUGAGUCAGCUCAAAGAGGAGAAGAACCAUCAGUAGCUACCGUUAAAAAAGAAUCAAGGUUUCGCAGAAAUCGAAUGAAACAGAUUGCAUUAGAAGAUAUGAUUGAUGUCUCACAACCGAACAUACUAUCGACCCAGCAUGAUGACCAGGAAGAGACUCAAAUCGAAGAACUGAAUAAACCUUUGGGUAAAGCUACAGGCCAGACGACAGAGGUGAAAUUGACAACCCCAAUUCAAGAGGAUCAAAUGGUUGUAGAAACGGAAUUACCCGUGAAGGAGCACAGUAUAGCCGAUGGAUCAGGUUUAGUUUCUCAACACGAACCCAAAGCCACACCAGAACCUCCCAGUUCUUUAGUCUCCACCACAGCUCAAGUCUCUAAAGCUAAAAAACCUAAAACAUAUAAAUACACUGAUUCUCAGAUAGACGCUUUGAAUCCAAAUGCAUCUUCCAACAACCAACAAAAGCUUAGUUCGAUGAUCAUGCAAGCUAAGGAGCUUAAGUUGAAGGAGUCUAUAGAUGACGAUAUUCAAGAGCUUUUGGAAGAGACCACUAAUGACACAAGAGAAAAACUUAAAAUUCACAGUGACGAGACUUUAUUUAGAAAAGAAAAAGCCUCCGUUAGAUCACAUGUCGACAAAUCACCAUUCCAUCCUGAAUGGAAGGGGAGAGUCAAUUUCAAAAAAUUCAAAAGGAAAGAUCUACAAGGUAGCCUGAUAUCCACAAAGAUAUAUGUUCCUCUUGUAGACUGUCAAAUCGAGAAGGAGAAUGAAAAAGAAAAGGUUCUGACCAAAGAGCUCGAGUUUUUGAACGAACUGAAUCAACCAAUACAGGAUCUUGAUAGCCAAUUUCCAGAUAUAAGUGGCAAACAUAAAGGAAAGAGAAUGUUUGUAGCGGAAUCAGACGAAGAAAGUGAAAUGGAGACUGAGCAGUUUGAGUCAAGACCUCGGACCAAGACAAGAUCAAGUAUAACUUCGAGAAAUAAACCUGCAGAGCCUGAUGUGAUAGAAUCUGAUGAUGAUGAUGACGAACCUAAAUUUCGGUUCACUACUCCCUCAUAG